AUGCCACCAAUGCUAGGUAUAUACAGCUGCAGUGACACUACCAGACGGACGGAUGGCAAGCCUCCGAUAGAGUACAUUCUCCGAUGGCUAGGUAGCGCUGGAUCGAGGUUGUUGUCUCAUCCCACCACCAAUAACGAUCCGCCUACCACCUCCACUACCCCCUCCACCUCCGCCACCUCCACCUCCGCCACCUUCACAUUCCCCAAGUUUCCUCCUCACCCACCCGCCAUCUCAUCCAGCUCCACCAGCUCCACCAGCCCAGCCAACAAGUCCCCAUCCACGUGCAUGCGGGGCGCCCCAACGACGCCCCUAUCCCACCCGCACCUCGCGGGCGUGUACUGGGCCUCGCGUAAUCCCGCCAUUCCCACCGUGGCCUACCAGAGCAUCUGCAUGUCGCCCGCGUGGGCGGGCAUGUCGAUGGAGGAGCUGAGGUUGGCGGAUUAUGGGGCUGGGUGGAGGUUUCCGACGUGA